AUGGGUUACUUCAAAGUUAUUAGAUUGACAGUUUUGAUUACUGCGUUGGUCCUCAAUACUUUCGUCUAUUUUUAUCCUGACAUUCUUAAUGAAUCUUCUAAAUGUCAAUGGCAUGAAUUUUCCGGCUCCCCAAGUAUGAGAUCAAAUAAUGCAUUGGUGAGAAAGUUGCCUGAUUUUGUUCUGGAGAAAGUGUUACUAUACUUUCCCAGUUUAAGGGAUGAUGACAACACAAAGACUAAUUCAACAAGAUACGAAGAUGGAAGAAUUAAGGAUAUACACAUGUUGACAUUUGGAGAUCCACAAAUUAAUGGUAAUUGGCCCAGCACACCUUAUAUCAAACGUUUAGAUAAUUAUGGAAAUGAUUACUAUUUGGGUCACAUUUAUAGUACUAUGAAAAAUAGAUUACAACCCAGUCAUGUAGCUGUGAUGGGAGACUUGUUUUCCUCGCAAUGGAUUCUCGAUUCCGAGUUUUACAAUAGAACCUUGAGGUUCGUGGAAAGGCUUUUCCCCAGGGAUCAAGCAUAUAAGCAAACUGCCAUAGAUGUUCAUGCAAAGCAUGAAAAUUACGACUGGAGAGGCUGGUUGGAUCGUGAAGUCAACAUGAAUCCACGUCAAAGAUUUGACUCAAGAGUCUACAACGAUGUAUAUGAUUGGUAUUUUGAUAAUAAAUUCCCCAAUUAUAACGAACCAUUAUUCAUAAAUCUUACAGGGAAUCAUGAUAUAGGAUAUAGUGGUGAUGCUACAUGGCAACAUAUGGCCAGGUUUCAUCUUCUUUUUGGACAAAAUAAUUAUGUGAUAAAUUACAAUUUAGAUUCCGAGGAACCGUGGAGAUUAGUUGUUCUUGAUUCUUUGACCUUAGAAGGUCCUGCUCUACAAGAGGAGUUUGUUCAAUACACCUGGGAAUUUCUUAAAUAUUUGGAAGAAGUAGAAAAUCCAAAAUUCAAUGGUUCAACCGUUUUAUUGACACACAUACCUUUUUUCAAGGCUGAAGGGCUAUGUAAAGAUGGUCCUGAACAUAUCUAUUAUGAAAAUUACGAAAGGGAGCCUUACAAAAAUGGCAAAUUGAGAUCACAAAAUCAUCUUUUGUUUGAAACAUCCCAAAAGGUUUUGAAUACAGUAUUUCCAAAUGGUGACCAAAGUGGUAUAAUCUUGACAGGCCAUGAUCACUAUGGAUGUGAUGGUUGGUACAAUUAUGAGAAUGGUACCUGGGUAGCUUCCAAAAAUAACACUGGCUCCAAACAAAAGAAAUCGAUCAGAGAAGUUGUGGUACAAGCUAUGAUGGGCGAUUUUGAUGGGCAAACAGGUUUAGUCACAGGAAAUUUUGACUAUGAGAAUCACAACUGGAACUUCGAAUUUUCUUAUUGUUCCUUUACGGUUCAACAUUGGUGGUGGGCUUCCAAAGUCUCGCUAUUCCUUUGUAUUUUCCUCCAAUCUAUAGCAUUUCUAACAAGAUAG